AGACUUACCUUUUCUCUUGUAGACGUCCAGUGAAGUUGUGACAAACAAAGUCAACAUGACAAAGUUCGCAGUCCUAGCAGGUUUAUGCCUGGUUUUAUUCCACCUGGGCUCGGCCACCAGGAUGGAGUGCUACUUCACCAACUGGUCCCAGUACAGGCCUGGUGACGGCAAAUACUUGCCGAAGGACGUUGACCCCUUCCUGUGCACCACUCUCAUCUAUGCCUUUUCCAUCAUUAACCAUAACAAUGAGCUGGUUACCUACGAGUGGAACGACGACGUCCUCUACAAGGCUUUCAAUGAUCUAAAGACCAAGAAUCCUCAUCUGAAGACGCUGCUGGCUGUUGGUGGAUGGAACUUUGGCUCAACACAGUUCUCCAUCAUGGUGUCCAAUGCUGCAAACCGUCAGAAGUUCAUUCAGUCUUCUAUCAAAUUCCUGAGAACUCAUGGAUUUGAUGGACUGGAUCUGGACUGGGAGUACCCUGGUUCUCGUGGAAGUCCCCCAGAAGACAAGCAGAAGUUCACUUUGCUCUGCAGGGAACUUGUUCAAGCCUACGCAGCUGAGGCCAAAUCCACGGGCAAUCCUCAGCUCAUGCUGACUGCUGCAGUGUCUGCUGGGAAAGGAACCAUUGAUGCUGGAUAUGAGAUUGCUGAGAUUGGAAAGGAACUCGACUUUAUUAAUGUGAUGACCUACGACUUCCAUGGCACCUGGGAGCAGUUCACUGGCCACAACAGUCCUCUGUACCGUGGAUCCAUGGACUAUGGUGACCUUAUCUAUUUCAACACUGAUUUUGCCAUGAAGUACUGGAGAGACAAUGGCGUCCCYGUGGAGAAGCUGAGGAUGGGAUUUGCUUCUUACGGUCGUACCUUCCGUCUGACUACAACAAACACGAGUGUUGGUGCCCCGGCUAGUGGCCCUGCAUCAGCUGGACCAUACACACGUGAAGCUGGGUUCUGGGCCUACUAUGAGAUCUGCUCCUUCAUAAAAGACACCACCAUUCAGUGGAUUCCAGACCAGAAAGUCCCCUAUGCAACCAAAAACAAUGAGUGGGUGGGUUUUGACACCAAGGAAAGCUAUGAAAUAAAGGUUCGCUACCUGCAGGAGCAGAAGUUUGGAGGCGCCUUUGUGUGGGCGCUUGAUUUAGACGACUUUGCAGGAAAAUUCUGUGGCGAAGGCUCCCACCCUCUGCUGGCUCACCUGAACAAACUCCUCGGUGUUGUGCGUCCACCGACGCCCUCAACCACCACCCCCAAACCUGGAGUCAGCACCACCUCGCCCACCACCACCACCACCACCACACACGCUCCAGGACCCGGCUUCUGCAACGGCAAACCUGAUGGCCUGUACGCCAACCCUGAUGACAGGACCAGUUUCUACAUGUGUUCUGCUGGUAUCACACAUAUUCGCUACUGUGGAACCGGAUCCGUCUUUGACGACAGCUGCAAGUGCUGUGUGUGGCCCUGAUCUGUCUGUGGCAGCGUUCUAUACUGGUGCAAAUCUAUCCAAUUAAAAAGACUGUAAAAAUCCUCUUA